AUGUCAUCACCACUCACACCACCUUUCGCACCUCUAAUUCCCAGAUCACAACCUCCACGACCCACUCCAGCAUCCCACUCCCAUUCAUCGCCUGUGAUCUCUUCUCAUGCCCAUAGGAGAGAUAACAUAAACAGACCUCCAUCAGCUCCUUUAUUCUCCUCUGACAACUCUGCUCCAGGAUUGACAGGUGCAGCUCAAAGUAGCACUAAUACGAGUACAAAUUCAAGUCAUAAUCAAUAUUUGAUAACACCUUCAACAUCAAAUAUAAAUACUGGUUUGACUCUAGGACCGCCAAUUGGUUUGUCUGGAAAUACGAAAAAUCCCAUUGGUAUAAUAAACAGUGCUGCUUCUACUUCUACUGGGUUUGGCAGUGGGAGUGCAAGUGCAAGUGGUAGUGGUGGUGGAGGAGGAGGGGGAAUGGGAGGAGAUAAAAGUGGUUUGAGUAAACAAGGAUUAACAGCAAGUUCAUCAACAUCCGUUUCAGGUUUAUUAUCUACUUCCUCGGGAGUAAUAAGUACACCUCAACAUCAACUCCACAAUCACAAUCACAAUCAUAAUCAAGGACAAAGUUCAAACACAAAUACAAAUGCAACGACAAGUACAAGCACUAGUGUGAACCAGACCCCUCAGACUGGCGCCAGUAAAAUGGCAGCUGCAGCUAAAAGAGGUUUAGACGGUUCUGGUCUACCUAAUUCGUCUUCUGCAGCUGCAAAUGCAGGAGGUAUAGCGGCAGGAACGAAUUUGAAUGAACAGCAAGAAGAAGGUCAUCCGUUAUCAGAGAAAUCAUUGAGAGAUAGGGACUAUCAAACUAUUCAUACACUAAAUCGACUGUUUCACCUACCAUCACGUUGGAAACUCAUAAGACCAUUAGGUCAAGGUGCAUAUGGUUUAGUGAUAAACGUACAAGAUAGUUAUUCAGGUGAACCGGUAGCUGUCAAGUGUAUAACAAGGGUAUUCGACAAAGUCAUACUAGCUAGAAGAGCUUUAAGGGAAAUAACUCUGUUAAGACAUUUUGGUGGACAUGAGAAUUUGACUGGACUAAUCGAUUUGGAUAGCGUCUGGGAAGGCUACAAUGAGAUUUACUUAUAUAUGGAGCCUAUGGAAGCGGAUUUACAUCAGAUAGUAAGAUCAGGUCAACCAUUAAGUAACAGUCAUAUCCAAUAUUUCUUAUAUCAGAUACUACGCGGGAUGAAAUACAUCCACACUGCAAAUGUGAUACAUCGUGAUUUAAAACCUGGAAAUUUAUUAGUAAACUCAGAUUGUGAAUUGAAAAUAUGUGAUUUCGGUUUGGCAAGAGGUUUUAAACCUUUUACAGGGGAAGAUGAUCAAAAUGGGGAAUUGAAAUUGACUGAAUACGUCGCUACAAGGUGGUACAGAGCUCCGGAAAUCAUGCUUUCGAAUCGACGAUAUACUACAGCCAUCGACGUUUGGUCAAUUGGUUGUAUAUUGGCGGAACUGCUCGGCUUGAAACCUAUCUUCAAGGGGAAGGACUAUGUCGACCAAUUAAAUCUUAUACUGGGAGUGCUGGGAACUCCUAAUGACGAAACGUUGGCUCGAGUUAGUAGCGAGAAAGCGUUGGCCUAUAUCAAAACACUACCUCACUCUCCCACAGUUCAAUUCUCUGAGCUUUUCCCUGAGGCUGACCCCGAUGCUCUUGAUCUUCUGUCCGAGCUACUAGCUUUCGACCCCUCACAGCGUAUAGACGUGAUUGAAGCAUUGUCACAUCCGUAUCUCGCCACAUAUCACGAUGAAACUGAUGAACCUGCAUGUCCUGAACUCUUCUCCAAAUGGGAACAAGUUGAGUCGUUGACUACAAUAGAAGAAUUGAAAGAAGCGAUUUCAAGAGAGAUUGAAGAGUUCAGGCAGGAAGUCCGAACCAUGGAUGAUGACGACGAAGAAUAUUACGAUGAGAUGGGUGAAGGUGAUGAAACUUGGCGCGUGGAUGGACUGGACGAAGGAGAGCAAGUUAAUAAUCAAGGUUCUUCUAUAACUGAUACACCUUUGAUAAUACAAGAGGGAGAAGCCUUACCCGUUCCUGAUCAAAACGCUGGACCAUCAUCUGCAUCGAAAGAUAUAUCGCCAAAAGCCAACUUUACCCCAUUAAUCUCGUCAUCUCCAUUAGCUAAGAGACAAUCUAUCAUCGCUGCUGCCGAAGCUGCUGCUGGUGGUGGUGGUGGUAAGAGCGCAUCAGUAUCACCAGAGAGGAGGAAGUCUUCUUCUACCUCAGGAAUAAUUCAUCAAAUCCCAAAUGGAUCAGGGUACCGAUCAUUACCACGAACAAGGGACCAUUCACCUUCAACACCUGCGACUGCGUUAUCAGAAGAAUCAUUCGGUAAUCCAUUCUCUGCGUCUGGAAGUGGGAGGGCAUCAAGGAGACAAUCUGGACAUUCAACGUCAUUCAGUAUGUCAUCAGGUGGAACAGGUGGUAAUAGACGACCAAACAGUUUCUUGUUUAAUCCAUUCGGUCAAGGCAUGACGCCAAUGACUCAUACAAACCAACUUCCACUUCCUGCCACUUCCGCUGAAAAUGCCCCUGCCCCCGGCCCCACUUCAGCAACAGCAACAGCAACAGCAACGACAGCGCAUGACGGUGGAAUAGGAACGAGAGAAAGAGGUGGUAGUGGAUAUUGGUCAGGUAGAAGAUCUAGAGCACCUUCUCAAUCCGGCAGUAUGGGUUUAUUGAUCAGACAAUUAAGUGUGGUUGACUUUGAAAGUAAAUUCCCCAAUCAUAAUCAUAAUGAAGGCGAUAACGAGGAAAAAGGGGGCAUUCAUAAGGGAGAAUUAGAUCAAGAUGAAGUUCCUCCAAUGACCGUUAGUCCAAGUGAUGCACCUCCAAGCGAAGUACCGAAGAAUUUCUCUAAAUGA